GUGAAGCGUGACGAUCAGCUGAUAUGAGGAACUGCUGCUGCUGGUGUCUGGAGGCGACGGAACCAAACUGCCUCAGGUGUCCGCGGUAAGAUCGACAAACCUCUACUAUUCUACCUCAACUGCCGAAAAUAAACACCACAGUGAUGUCGGAUGGUUUUGAGCUCGGCGGUGGUGGAAACUUCAGCUCUCUGUGUCCUAAUGGCAUAGCGUGGAUCUGGUAUGGACUGGGUGAAUGUGCUCAGGAUGGCAGAGAUGUUGCGAGUGUGAUUCUCGGACUCCUGUCAAUAGUCUGCUUCAUGGUGUCCUCAAUACCGCAAUACUACAGUUCCUGCAAGACAGGAAACAUGGACAGCGCUCUGUCGAUUUGGUUCCUCUUAUUCUGGCUGGCGGGUGAUUCAUGCAAUCUUAUAGGGUCAUUUUUGGCUGAUCAACUUCCUCUACAGAAAUAUACCGCGGUGUACUACGUUGUGGCAGACCUGUUAAUGCUGGCCAUGUACAUGUACUAUAAACUAAAGAAUAAAAGAUCAUCGGAGCGUGCACUGCUGAAUGCACUCAGCGUGCUGUGUCUUUUAGGAAUGACAUCCUCACUUCUCAGUAUCCCUCAUUGGUCUCUAGAGGAUCAGACACACACAGGAUUCAGGGGUCGAGCACUGCUGGCCCUGGAGGAGGACAAUGGUGCAGUGCAGCCAUUCAAAACAAGAGAGAUUAUAGGCUUUGUUAUCGGCUCUAUAUCUUCAGUACUGUAUUUAUGCUCCAGACUGCCACAGAUUUACACCAAUUUUCAGAGGAAGUCAACAGAGGGCUUGUCGUAUUUCCUGUUCGCUCUGGUGAUUCUGGGAAACACCACAUACGGCGUGAGUGUCCUGCUGAAGAACCCUGAUCCAGGACAGGGAGAGGCCAGUUACAUGGUUCACCACCUGCCCUGGCUCAUCGGCAGCCUGGGAACACUCUCACUAGACCUGGUCAUAUCUGUGCAGUUUAUGAUGUACAGGAAAUCUCCACGGCUUUCUGCAGAUACAGAAGAAGAACGGGCUGCGCUUCUGCAAAACUGAACUACUCAUUCCUGCUGUGACUGGAUCAAAAGCUGAUGGUUUUUGAGCAUCACAUUUCACAAAAGUGCACAAAAACCUUCAUUUUAUUUGCAUUUUAGAUCAAUAGGUUUUAUACCGAGCAGCAUCAGUGAUUCUAAUUGUUAUUUUUGUCUCAUAGUAGUUGCUGUUCUUAAAGGGAUAGUUCAUCCAAAAACUAUGUCAUUUAAUCAUCAUUUACUUGUUCAAAACCUAUUGGACUUUGUUUCUACCUUUGAACACAAAAGAAGAUAUUUUGAAGAAUGCUGGCACCCAUUAACUUCAGUUGUA